CGCAGCAUCAGCGCCGCUGGCACCUGCCGCCGCCGCCACCACCGCAGCAACAAGUCAGGAUUUGAAAAGUAAUGCAACAGAACACUUUUGAAGAAAGCAGAUACCCUUGGCAGGAGUCGUUUGAAAAUGUCGGCGUCUGCAUGCCAUUCCGUUGCCCACGAUGUGGAGACCACACCAGAUUCAGGACCCUGUCUUCCUUGAGAGCCCAUCUAGAAUACAACCAUAGUUAUGAAGAUCGAAGCCUUCUGACAAAAUGCAACCUCUUUUCUUCCCUCAGAGAUACAGACCUGAUCUCUUCCGAUCCCCUGACACAAGGAAUGCUUGGGGACAGCACCAAUGUCAUGAAACCAAAGACAUCAUAUCUAAACUUCUGCAACACAUCAGGCAAGAAUAUAAAGAACAGGAAGUCAUUGGAGGUGGAAGCGGAAAGGCAAGUGUCUUUUGGGUCAAAUUACAUGUCAGGAGAAUCCAUUGAUGAGCCCAUUUCUAAAGCAGGGUUGGCAACAACUGACUCCAAAGCCUCGUUCGAGGCCCAUGUGAGAGACAAGUUUAACAGAAUGGUCGAAGCAGUGGACAAAACGAUAGAGAAGAGGAUCGACAAGCUGACCAAAGAGCUGGCCCAAAAGACUGCCGAACUCUUGGAGGUUCGGGCGGCUUUUGUGCAGCUUUCUCAGAAGAAGCAGGAAGUCCAGAGGCGAGAGAGGGCCCUCAACAGACAAGUGGAUGUGGCCGUUGAGAUGAUCGCGGUGCUGAAGCAGCGGCUGACAGAGUCAGAGGAGGAGCUCCACAGGAAGGAAGAAGAAGUAGUUAUAUUUAAUCACUUCCUGGAGGAAGCGGCCGAGAAGGAGGUUUGUGGCAAAGCCAGGCUCCAGCACUUCAUUGAGAAUCUGCUGCAGCGGGUUGAUCUGGCCGAAAAGCAGUUGGAUUAUUAUCAGAAUCAGCAGAUCCUGGGCAACUACAGUGAAGUCAGUGAAUAUGUGUUUACAGAUAUGUCAUCCAGUAAGAAACCCAGAUGCCUCAGCAGCCGAGGAAACCAACACGGCUAUUAUAACACCCCUGAUGUGAAACCUCAUUCUCUUCAGAAAGGACGAAUGCAUUUGAAGAAAGCCAAGGAGGACACAAUCUGUGCCCAUCCAGUUAAAUUAUUUUAUGAACCUGUUGACUGCUCAAGGGACAUUUGGAGACCUCAGAAGAAAGGGGAUGGAGCAGUUGCCUCCCGAAAGGUCAACACAAAAUCAAAGAUCAGUAAAAAAACCAAACAGCUCUACUAAGAAUCCAUAUAAGUAUAGAUAUAUAUGUGUGGGUAAUGGAAGGCCUAUAAGCCAAAAAUGGCCCAUAAUUUUGUUUUGCGGAAUCUGGCAUGAGUUGCAGAUGACUCCAUGUUGUGGAAGACUUAGAGGAUACAUUGUUCAGGAAGCCGGAAAAGAACAUAGUUAUCUCUCUCCAGCAAUAACAAAACAGCAGCAGGAAGCUCCUGACUCCACCCUGGUAGAACUCGGUCCAGCUCUACCUAGUGACUAAAUUAUGUAAUGACGCUAUCCACAUCCCCUGGUCCCAUAGCUCUGCUCAUUCUGAGUGCAGUGCAGCCUCAGGGUUUUCAUGACUUUGUGUAGCUCCAUGUGUGAAGUUCGCUGCCAACAGAACUUCUGGUAUAACCCGCUGCCAAGGGCUAUACCAGCCUUCCCCAACUUGGGAAACUUGGUGUCCUACAGAUGUUUUGGGAAAGUCAGGUAUGAUGGGAUUUGUAGUCCAAAAUAUCUGAAGGGCACCAGGUUGGGGAAGGUUAGGGUACAUGUUCUUUUGCGUGGGAAGCUGUGGUCUAGUUUUCACUGAAGUGGCAAACUUGUGCCUGGGCUGGACCUCUUCUUACUGCAGGUGGGGGCUCAUGUAAUGGAAUGCUCCCUCAUCAAUUAAAAAACAUCCACAUAGAAAACUAGCAUAUUAUGGAUAAAGCUAAGCUAGAACCCUCCUUCCUGACAUCUGUUUUCUGUAUGGAGGGAAUUUUUGUGUGCGGAGAUAAUUUAAUUAUGUGGGCCUCAUCCAGUUUGAAGUGGUACAGCCCAAGUACAAGUUUACCACCCCAUUCCUAUGUUUCAUUUACUCCCUGUGGUAUCUUCAAGAGCUGUUGACUGCUAUUCUACAAACUCUCUCAUUCAACAGAAUACCAAAAACUCAGUGAAGAAUUAGUAGAGAUUUGUAUUUGGCAAUCGCCAGCCAAUAAUGAUUCCGUUUUCUAUCCAGAAGGCAAAAGUCAUGCAAUCUUAACAAAGCAGCCUUAAAUACAAUGCUCAUGCUUUAAGUUGUAGUUUUCUGUCAGCUGCUAGUUGAUUAGUCAUCUGCCUUUUAACCAAUUCAUUGAUUAUAUUUAAAUAAACUUGCACAUUACCAAAACAUCACUGUAAGUAUCUGGUUUAGAUACUAAAGAAAGUGAGGAAUCAUAAACCGUGAGAGAGCUUACAAUAUAAUAAAAGCCACCACAAAAUGUUAGAAGAAAAAGCCAACUUUAAUACUUAUUUUUUUCACUUCCGAUGAAAAUAUUAACACAACAGAACCAAAAUAGCCUCAGAAAUAAACAAGCGUGCCCUUAAUUCUCGACUUCACUAAUUCAAAACUUCCCUCCCCAAUUUUACCUGGUUCCCUACUUUUAAAUCAAUUUAGGGAACAAUUCUAACUCCUGUCUGGGCAUGGUGGUGGUGGUGGUGGAGGGGCUGAACGGAGAGACACAGAUGCUGCCACAUCCAAAGCCCCGUUGCUACCACCAGCCAAAGCAGAAGGUAGAACAGCAAUGUCAUCCCAUGUUUUGCUAUACAGCUCCAGGCUUGCACAGCAGAGAGGCCUGGAUCAGGCCCAUUGAUGGUAGUUAAAUCGGCUUAGGAUCCAGUAGAUCAUUGACUUGCCCAGUAUUGCCCCUUUCCUGCCUCAGAAGUGCCUCACAGAGGGGUUCUGCUGAGGUGAGCAGAGCUGGCUACAAGGAUACCUCCACUAUAUCCAAAUCCCUUCCAGCACAGACAGAUUGGUGGUUUGGAUUGCUCUGUAAAUCUUUACUUGAUUAAUCUGCCAGUUAACCUGGCUGAAGCUUGCCAGCUUAAUAAUGAGGUAUGUCUUCAGAGAAAGAGGCAGACAGUCUAUCACUUGCUUUCAGUGAGAGACAAUGGCAUUAAUAACAUAAUUUCAGAUUAUGCCAUGUCCUGUAUGUUCACUAUGUAUAUAGGCUUCAAGAAGUUGUAACCUUGAGUUGAGACAAGUAAUUUUUCUUUCUGGGGACUUGCUACCCUUGUAUCUUGAGCCUCUUACAGAACUACUGCAAGAUCUUGCUUGGCCAGGUGUUUUCUAAUGAGUGCAGUUAAUAGGUCUUAAGUUUGCAGAAUCUCAGUGAGGCUAUUAGAGUUUAUUUUUUAGGUGUUUAGAUUUUUUUAAACGCAUUGGGCUAUGUCCCUCAUGUUUUAAGCUUUUGCUAUUUUGCACUGACUUCUGCUGCUCCAUCCUCAGUGGCACCAAUUGCUCCCCUAUUUCUAGGCCUGCUCCAGAGUAUAUUCAUUGCAGUUAGAAUGAUCAAAUUGUCCCCAGUUAAUUAGGCUUCAGCGCAUUUCCCUGACCAUAACAUCACUGCCUGUAGCAAUCUGGCCUGGGAUUGUGCCCCGCCCCAGCUCAAGAUGUUGACUGGGAGACAGAGCUGGUGCCAGUUUUGAGGGGCCUCUGGGUAAAGUGCCCAGUGGUACUCUGCAGGCUUACCUGGCAGAGGUGGCAACAAACAGCAGCGUUGGGUGACUGAGGGCUACCUUUUAAAGUUCCAACAAUGCCUCAGAGCAACGCUACAUCAGGGGCACUGUGGGAAAUUAAAAGGGCAGCUACACUCAGUUGCCUGGCGCUGCUCAGAACAUGUGAAGGGGCCAAGGAAAGCAUCAGUGGGCACUAGCAGCUGCCCAAGGAUGCCAGAUGCCAAUGCCAACUCUGCUGGGAGAGGCUCCUGCAAGAUAAGAGGUGGAGUCGGGUCACACAUGGCUUCUUAUCUUGCAGACAUCCCUUUCAUUGGUUAUGAAGGUGCAUAUAUCAGGUAAGCAGCUGCACUGUGUCUUGCACUUUCAGUCUGGCAUCGGAAGAGUAGCAUGGGCAGAGAAAAAUUGUGUCUGUGUGUGCAGAUAUGGUGUUGGAGCUGCAAAGUGGUGAUCCCUGAUCUAGAGCCCUGGAAACAUUUCUUUCAUAUACAAACAAGCCCCACAGAGUUCAGCACAAUCAGGCAAGGAUUUUUUUUGUUCCAUUGGGUUGUGCCAAGUAGAAGGAUUCUGCUUUUAUCACAAAGUACUUCUCCAUCACUUUUUGUGGAUUUUUUUUUGGUAUUGCUUAAUCUUCAUGCCUCAUUUACAGGUAUCUUAACAUCCCCAUGAUGUUAGAGGCAAAACUAGUUUUCUCCAGAGAAAGAAAAUAGCUCAGCCUUGUCUUCAUGUAAUUUAUUUUGAAAUGCUCCUUAUAAGAGAUGUAAAAUGUAUUUAUGUGAAGUGGUUUUAUAGUAAGCGUAUUAAGACUUGUGGAAAAUGCUUUUCUUUCUUUUUUACCACCGUGAAUAUUUGAUUAUUUUUUAAAAAACCAGUAUGAUUGUGGCAAUAAAAACAGGGUUUACAAUAUAUCUAACCGAGGUGAAAUACAGGUAAGAAUAUUUGCUGUUGUAUAAAUAACCCCAAAUGAAAUUUGGUGAUUAAUCAAUCUGUUAAGUUACUGUUUUAUUUAUAUAAUGUGAAUGAAACUGUUUUAGUAUAUGUCCAACUUUCACUAUGUUAUUUCAGUUGUUAGGCCUAUGUUUCAAAGCUGGUUCAUUCAAGUUUAUUCAUAUCAGUUGAUCACUGCAACAUCAAGUGAUGACUUCCACAUGUGGAUGGGUUAUCGUAGAUCUAACACCAUAGAUAGAGUUUUCAAAUCACCCCAUCAGCUCCAGAUCACCCCAUCAGCUCCAUUGGUGGCACUUAGGGUGGAACUGCAGAUUACACAGAACAUGGGGCUGCCUCCAUAAUAUGGGAUAACCAACAUGGUGCCCUCAAAAUGUUUUGGACUACAACUCCCAUCAGCCCCAGACAGUGUAGCCGAUGCUUAGGGAUGAUAGAAGUGUAGUUCACAACUUCUGGACUACCAUAGCCUGUUUCGUAGCAUCAUUGUGGCAUGUGCAUGUCCCCACCCUGUGCUCUACAUCAUCAGUUGACACUGGCAGGAGCAGAGAAAUGCUCAGCAUAAUGGUGUAAGGACAUAGGACACAUUUAUUUAUUUAAAAUCCUUCUAUUCUGCUUGACAACAGGCUUCCAAGUCAACAUAUUUAACAUAGCAGUUGUAUCCAUCUUAGUUAUACUCCAAGAGGUCCCACUGAAAUCAAUUGGCUUACGUUUAGUCAUGAUUAACUCAAGUCCGUUGAUUUCCAUGGGUCUACCCUAAGUAUGGCUUAUUAUUAUUUAUUGGCUUUCUGACCUCUCUGACCUAGGGUAACUAGGAUCUUUUUUUUACACACACAAAAAGGGAGUGAUGACUGGUAAGGCGGUAUGCGCCAACCACUGCUCUUUAAAGGUUGUACAGUGACCAUGUAGGACAAUGCUCCCCAACCCCAGACAUGAUUUGAGGUUGGAGCACUUACUUCCCUUUGGAUGGUUUGUGAUUCCUGGCUUCCCUGGCAGCAGGGGAUGAUGUCAACUGCCCAACUGCAGGCCCUAGGCAUUAACGGUUGUGGCUCCAACCAUCGCUGUACUCUGCAUGCGGCAUAGUGGGAGUACCUGACAUGAGGUUACUUUUUCUUUUUUUUUAUGGCAGCCCUGCAUUCCUUACAAUGCAUAGUUCUGCCCUCAGCUGCCAGUCCUCAAGUUCAGGGAAACCAAGCAGGGUUUGCGGAUGGCUGAUGAGCCCUCAGUUGUACUUAGAUUUUAGUAUUUGCUUAGGUACCUCAUUUUGUGUAUGACAUGACAUGCUUGUGAAAAGAUGUGUAUCGAUGUUCUUGUUUUGUCAAGUGCUACACUAUGGGAAAGAUUUCAUUUACAUCCAAGCAGCCUCAAACUGUUUAAGUGCUCCUUCUGCUUUGUACGUCACGAGCUUGCUUUAAAGAUGUGUGGGAAAUUGUAGCCCAAAAUCUUCAAAGAGAAUGAAGGGCACCACCGGACAGGUGAUGUUUGCAUGCAGACGUAUUCUGCAACAUGUCAAUGACCCAAUAAUAGUACAUUAGCGGUGCCUUGAUAUUGGACCAUCCACACAUCAUUCCACUUUAUGAGAUGCUCCCCCAAAGCUAGGACAUUAUUGUUGUCUGGAGGGGCAUUCUUGCACUAUAACGCAGCAAAAGUGGGACAACAUUACCCCCCCCCGCAGAACAUUUGUGGUAUGAAAAGUUAUAGGAUUUCAGCAGGAAGCUAUGGGACAUGCAUUGAUUAGAAAUGAAGCAGUAUAUCUGCCCCAAAACUUGUGCAGGCACAAACAGAAUUAAAAGCAAGAUUGUGUAACCUACCUGAUACCAUCAUGAGCACAAAUAAUCAUGAAUGCACACUAAAAAGGAUGCCUGAAGGGUCCCUAAGGGUAGAGCACAGUAACGCUGCAGAAGCAGGAGCCCCAUGUUGAGUGUCUUUCCAUGCCUCGUUUCACAUCACUGGUUGGCAGGGGUGGAAAAUAUAUAUCACAAUGAAAUCAGGACACAGGGUGAGUUGAACUAGAUGUUCCAGAUAGGGAACUUGAAAUGGGGCUGCUAUUUUUAGGAGCUGUCCUGUGUGGGUUUUUUGUAACAUGUAGUUCCACCCUCAGUGCAGUAGCCCAUUUCUUUCCUGAAGUGCAAAUGAAGUAGCUUUCUCAUUCUUAACUACUUUAGCUACACGUGAUUUGAUGACUGUUAACCAAGGAGAAACAGGAAAUGAUGUUUUGCAUAUGGAUAUGAUUAGUUUCCAUCUCAUGUUGUUGUUUUUUUCUUUUAAAAAUAUCACUGUCAGCUGCAUGUGUCUUUUUCCCUGAUCCUGUAUUGGUCAAGUCAUCAUAUGCUGAAUCAAUCAGUUACAAAGCAGUUGUAAUGCACUGUAACUCCAGAAACAAAAGACAUUUUAGACUACUAUUAAACAAAUCUAAU